AUGCAAAUGAAUAAUAGAAAAAUUAAGACCGCAUCAGUCGUAGAUGAAGCGGGCCAAGAGGGCACCCAGCUCGGUAAUGAAGCGGGUAUGCUCUAUGGAGAUUAUCUCAUGCUCGACAAACUGCUCAGUGCACAGAGAAUGCUCAGCGCUGAGUCCUCUAAACCUGUGCAUGAUGAGCAUUUAUUUAUAGUGACACAUCAAGCUUACGAGCUAUGGUUUAAGCAAAUAAUAUUUGAAGUAGACUCCGUGAGAACCUUAUUAGAUGUGGAGGGUUUAGACGAGAGCCACACUAUGGAGAUAUUGAAAAGGCUGAACAGGAUAGUCUUAAUUUUAAAGCUUCUAGUAGACCAAGUGAUGAUCCUAGAGACGAUGACACCUUUGGAUUUCAUGGAUUUCAGGAACUACUUGCGGCCAGCGUCUGGAUUCCAAAGUCUACAGUUCCGGCUUCUAGAGAAUAAGUUGGGUUUAAAACAAGCGUUACGCGUCAAAUACAACCAGAACUAUCAGACUGUGUUUGGUGACGAUCCUGAGGCUAUGGAUUCGCUACAUAAGUCAGAAGAAGAGCCAGCGCUUCUAGCGCUCAUAGAGCGGUGGUUGGAGCGAACGCCUGGACUUAACACGUACGGGUUCAAUUUCUGGGGCAAAUUUCAAGCGGCCGUCGACAAGAUGAUUAAGGAGGAUAUUGAGGAAGCCAUGCGUGAACCGAACGAAAACGUCCGCAAUCAUCGGCUACAAGAUGCUGAGAACAGGAGAGAAAUAUAUCGCUCUAUCUUCGACCCGAAAGUACACGACGCGCUGCGAUCGCGAGGAGAGAGACGGCUGUCCCACCGCGCCCUGCAAGGUGCAAUCAUGAUAACGUUCUACCGAGAUGAGCCACGCUUCUCUCAGCCGCACCAGUUGCUCACGUUGCUCAUGGACAUCGACAGUUUGAUCACUAAAUGGCGUUAUAACCACGUGAUAAUGGUACAGCGUAUGAUCGGCUCGCAGCAGCUCGGAACUGGCGGCUCUUCGGGUUACCAAUAUUUACGAUCUACCCUCAGUGACCGUUACAAGGUAUUCUUGGAUCUGUUCAACUUGUCAACAUUCCUCUUACCACGUUCUCUCAUCCCACCACUCGACGAAGGCAUGAAGAAGGACCUUAACCUAACAUGGGGCGACCACGUCAAGGAAAAUGGUCAAAAUGGAAUCCAUAAAGAAAAUUUAGAAGAUUCUAUAUCUAAACUAUCAUUAAAUCGUUCAUCUUGAUUCUAUAUGUUAAUAUUAUUUUUAAUCAUCGAAAUAUAUCUUUUUAUAAAGUUAAAAA